UUGAACCACGAUGGUGCGCCACUUUGUUAAAUAACAUGUUUUACCGGUAAAAAGAAACCGUUUUCUAUCGCUGAUUUGCAAAGAAGCAGUCCCGAAAUGGCUUUUGUGAUACGGUUUGCCAAAGCCGUGAGAAACAACUGGAAGAAAUCGACAGUCUUUGCUAGUGCCCUGGCAUACGGUGUGUCGUAUUCGAACGAGAAAUAUGAAAUCAAACAACUUAUGCGUUAUUAUUGCACGGAAGCAACACGGUAUGGCGAUGUGAAGAUAGGGCUAAAUCAGAGAUCACCGAAAGUGUUGGUGAUUCUCAAUCCGGCCGCGAAUCGUAAAUCGUCAGAAGAAGAUUUUCGCAACUACUGCGAACCGAUUCUGCAUCUCGCUGGCUUCGAGGUGGACGUUGUUAAAACCGACUCCGAAGGACACGCCCGUCGCUAUGUUGAGGAGCUAGCCAACCUUCCCGAUGCUUUGAUCGUCGGAGGCGGUGAUGGAACCCUUUCGGAAGCGGUUUCCGGAAUGAAACGUCGCCAGGAUGGUGCUCAAUGUCCGAUAGGCGUACUACCGCUCGGUCGUACUAAUACUCUCGCCGUGAAACUGUUCUCGGCGGAGGGUGCCAAAAAUUCCGAUCUGGAAAAUGUUCGUACCAUGGCUAAUGCGGCGUAUGCGGUCAUUGCCGGAAAGAAGGAAAAGACAGACGUUAUGCGUAUCGAGGUAUUACCAAGUGCGGCCGAUGAAAGCCCUCCGGAGAAGCCAGUUUAUGCAGUCGGUGCACUACAAUGGGGUGCUUUCCGGGACAUUCUCGCCCUUAGGGAUAAAUAUUGGUACACGGCUUCGUUGCGCGACUACACCGCGUUCCUUUUCAAUGCAUUCGAUGGGGCACACACGUGGAAUUGCAAGGCGAAGAUUGCUUACACGGAACCGUGCAGUGGAUGCAGUAAUUGCUACAAAGACAUGGAUGAUCAAUGGACGGCCGCAAAAAAACAGGAUCAACAACCACGCAGAUGGUGGUCGGUAUUUGUGCCACGUGCUAAAACUGCUCCCAAGACGGAUUACAGCAAAAUCAUUAACGAAAGAUGCUCCAUUCGGCACGAACUAGAGGUGGACCCAUCGGAACUUGUAAUUAAAACGGGCAACGUAGCAGUGGAAGAAAAGGACAGUGAGAAGAAUGAAACAUCUACGAAACUGGACGUGCUCGUUGGAGAGCAGGUGGAUUCCAGCUUUAGCUUCAUUGGCGGUAGUUGGGGCCGUGUGAACAAUCGGAAGUUCUUCGACUGUCCCAGCCAGGAAAACAUCAGCGUGCGUACGGUGGAACUUUUGCCAGAACGCCUCAAGGUGGAAGAGAGCGACCCGGAGCUUUACUACUCUAUCGACAACGAGGCUUACGAAGUGCGUCCCGUGCGGAUAACUCUCGUACCGAAAGCAGUCGAAAUAUUUACCUUCUAGAAGCAAUAAACAGCGAAUCACAAAUGGAGAGAUGGUGAUGCUUAAGUGUUUAAUGACAAAGUGGCUUGUCGUUUAUUCAUAAAUAGAUUUUACAUUGAUAGUAACAUUUCACACAGCAUAUUCUGCACCCGCCACACGUUCGUCUGUGAUCCAGUUGAUCAACCAAACGCUACCCUCCUGGUCAAACCAAAGAAUCGAAAUCAGUAACGCGUUGAACAGCCCCAGGAGAAUGCCACCGAUCACGUCCAAAAUGUGAUGACGAU